UUUAUUUCUUUUUGGGGGCAAGCAGGCAAGGCAGCGUCGUAAUUUUUCUUUUUUUUUGAUUUAUAAAUACACAUGAAAAAUCCUUAAUAGUCUCUUCUUCUUCUUCUUCUUCUUCUUCUCCCCAGUUUUGCAGCAUCCUCUUCGAUAAACCACCAACAACUCCUCUGAAAACCCUAAUCUGGAGAAUCGCCGCCUUCUCCUGAAAAUUAUCUAUUUCUAUUAGCUUCUUCCUUUUGAUUCCCAGAUUCUGAUGAAAACCGGAUCGGAUCUUUCUCUAGAUCCGUUCUAGGUUUUUUCAUUUUUCCCUUUUCGAUUUCUAUCUUUUUCAAUCUCUCUUCAUCAUCCGGAUGCUCUUGAAGCGGAGUCAUCAUCAUCAUCAUCAUCAUCAUAAAUCGGCAGAGAAAUGUCGCAGGCUCCGAAUCCAAAAGAAGAAGACGAUGAUAAUAAUACAAUCGAAAUCCGCGAGGUCUGGUCCCAUAACCUCGAAGCAGAGAUGGCUCUGAUUGAAAAAUCAAUCGACGACUUCCCUUACGUCGCCAUGGACACUGAGUUCCCAGGUAUCGUUUGCAAAACCGUGACGACGAAUCCAAACCCGAACCCUAAACACUACGAGUACAACUACGGGACCUUGAAGACGAACGUGAACAUGCUCAAGCUGAUUCAGCUCGGUCUCACGUUAUCAGACGAGCGAGGGAACUUACCAACCUGUGGAACCAACAACAAACAAUGCAUCUGGCAAUUCAAUUUCAGAGAGUUCAAUCUCAAAUCCGACAUGUUCGCAAUGGACUCAAUCAACCUCUUACGCGGCUCAAACAUCGAUUUCGAGAAGAACAACGAGUGCGGCGUCGAUUCGAAACGAUUCGCUGAGCUUCUAAUGGGUUCGGGUGUAGUGCUUAACGAUAAGAUACAGUGGGUGACGUUUCACUGCGGAUACGAUUUUGGAUAUUUGCUUAAACUCUUGUCAGGGAAAGAUUUGCCUGAGGAGAAAUCGGAGUUCUUCGAUCAGGUUACGAGCUAUUUCCCUGUAGUGUACGAUAUCAAAUACUUGAUGGGGUUCUGCGCACCGUUAUACGGAGGGUUGGAGAGAGUAGCGGAUAUACUUGGUGUGAAACGGGUUGGGAUUUCUCAUCAGGCUGGUUCGGAUAGCUUGUUAACGUUGCGUGCUUUCAACAAGAUGAAAGAGAUGUUCUUCACUGGUUCCUUGGAUAGAUAUUCUGGUUUUUUGUAUGGAUUAGAUAAUCCUCAGCUCCUCCUCGCCGGAUCCAAAAAAUAAAAAAAAAACUAUAAAAAAAAAAUUAAAACUGUUUGGUGUCUUUUUGCUUUGGUUAGGCUGCUUUAGGCGUUAAUGAGAAUUACAAUUAGGUGUUAAUUAGAGCGAAUAUGAUGAUGAUGAUGCACAAGAAUUUAAGUCAAGAGCCGUUUAAAAUUUAUCCGUAAUCUUAUUAGUAAAAAUUAUGUA